AUGGAGAGGGGCGUCUUCGAUUUGGGUUUUGACGGCCGUUCAAUACAAAAAUUCGGAGCUUUAUAUCGCGAACAAAUUGAACAUUUGGCUAAAGAAUCGUGCAAUGUUAACCCUGAACUUUUUUCUGAAAUUGUUAAUAUUAGUCCAAUUCCUUUAUCGCAGUCAAUUAAUGUUAACUUGGUUGCUACAACGUCAAAAGGUGUUCGUAUCUAUAUUAGUUGUUUGGCUACAAAUCUCCAUUUAAACGAGGUCUCACAAAAAACACUUCGACCUAGCGCUCUUCGCAUUUUACACAUUCGCUUUCCUCCAGAUAUUCCAUUGACUUCACCUCACAAUUUGAGUAUUUACACAACAUAUCAGACACAUGAUUGUACUCUUAUGGCAACACCUGGACCCGAUUCAAAUUCAAGCAUCAUUUUGGCACAUUCCACUUCCUGUUUUUCACAUAAUUCUCAACUUAUUGAAUUUACAUGUUUUAAUCGAAUUCAUGGCAGCGUUUGGAGUAUUGCUCAUUCAAGACAAAAAUCUUUGCGUAAGAGUAGAAAAGAAAAUGAUAUCGUUAAACAAUCAGAUGAAUUUCCUCUUUCCGUGGAGCAACAUUUGUGUCCAAUUGAGAAAUUUUUUGUUAUUUCGUCUAAGGGCAUUUAUGUAUUUGAACACUGUUCUCCUCUUGAAUUAUUUCGACAUAUACUCACUCAAUACGGCAACGAUUCAAAACAAUUCCAAGGAUUUGAGGCUGUUGUUAACCAAACAGAAUUGUGUGUAAUGGCUUUACAAGUAAUUUGUAGUGAAAAUGCUUCGGAUGCAACAAUUAAAGAUAUGGCAUUACGUGUAUUUUUUCAAUGUGCUGGAGAGCCUAGAUUAAUGUAUGGAAGUGGAGAUCAUUUUAUGGAUUAUGGACCGAGGGCAAGUACUAGCAGUGAUGGUUAUAUGAAUGGAACACUUUCUUCAAGUGUUUUUACACCUAAAACACCUCUUCGAACAUCAACACCACAAAAUAACUCAACUCCCUCUGCAAAUUAUACAAAUGGUUUUACACCGCAACAUGUUUUACAUACACCUGGAGGAGGUUUAGAUAGCGAUCAGUCUAUUAUAGCGGGUGCUAGAGUGCAAAAUUCUCCACGUCAUGAAGCUUUGUUUAUUUAUUUUUCACGAAUAAUUAAAGGAAUUUGGCGAAGAAAUUUAUGUUUGGUGAAACAGAUAAACGAGGUUGAAAGUCAGCUAACAAAAAAUAUUUUGGAUGAAGUCGGUUAUUAUUUAAAUUCUCUUCGGCAAGCAAUUGACGAAUGUUCACUCAUCACUUCUCCACAAAUUCAUCAUUUUCCGAGUAGAACUUUACAACAGCAGCAACAACAACGACGAACAUCUUCUGAAGAAUCUUCUCUUGACCAGGAAAAACAAUCACUUCAAAAAUUGAGAACUUUAGUUGGUGUAACAUGUGAAGUUGUUGCUUUAUGGAGUGUUUUGUUGGAACACGAAUUGCGAGUGAUUUUUGUAGCAUUGGCUCCAGAUGUUCAAAAAUGUUUGUUAAAUUGGUCUUUAGAUGAUUUGGUUCGGAACAGGAAUGACGUCUGCGCCGAUUUAAUUAGCGCCCUUAUUCGCCAUUAUAUUGGCGAUGAUGCUUCCACUGCUGCUUUAAGUGAACGUUUACGUACCCUUUGCCCAACUCUUUUUACCGUUGAUGAUGCUUCAGUUGUUAAGGCGACAGAAAAUAUUUAUAGAGCAAAAACAACAACUCAGCCACAGUUGGAAAUGAUUAAAGAGGCUGUCGCUCAAUUUAGAAAAUCAAUUCAAAAAUUAAAUCUUAUCCAAACCUGUGAUCUUUUGUUACAAGUUCUCUAUUUUGACGGCAUUGUUGAUUUAUCUUUAAUGCGUGCCCGUCGCGAUGAUCCAAACGAUUUGGCUUUAAUAGUUUACAAAAAACAUUUAACAUCAACAGACGUCACAGUCCAGGAAGCAAUGGAAAAAAGAAAUGAAGCUUAUAAUUGUAUUUUGGAAGUACUUCGACUUCUUCAAAUUUUGGCAACUUCAAAAGAAAGCCAAUUAGCAUCAUUAAAUUUAAACAAUUUUUUCCAAUCUGCUGAUUCUGUUAAACAACAAUUAUCAUCUUCACGUGCCCAAGAAGAAAGGGAUAAACUUUUGAGAAGAGUUUUGGAAUCUGAUGAUGAAUUGGCUUGUGUUAAAGUUUUUAAUUGGAUGUUGGGAAAUAAUUUGGCUGAUCAACUUAUUGCUAACAAAUUCAAGUAUUUCGAGGCAUUUUUAUUCCACGAAAUAGAAGAUGGGAAGGGGAAUAUUUAUUUGGAAUUGUUGUGGAAAUAUUAUGAGAAAAGUCAUAAUUAUUUGGAAGCAGCGAAAGUUUUGGCUGGGAUGGCUUCGAAAACGACAAGUCGUACAAGCAUCUCUAAUAGAAUUACUCAUUUAUCCAAUGCUCUAAUGUGUGUUCAAUCGGCACCUGAAACUAAAUCUAAUAUGGAAUUGAAGCAAGAAAUUCAAGACAAGCUUGACGUUGCACAGAUUCAAAUGAGAGCAAAGUUGGUUUUUUUUUUAAAUUGA